ACAUGAAAGAAUAACUCCUUGGUAAAAUAGCAAGAUAUAGAAUAUUUCUGUAACAAGGGUUGUAGAUUCCUGAUGAAAAUGGUGAUGAUUUGAGAUGCAUAGAUUUUAAUUUUGAUAAAUACAUUGAAUAACAAUUAUAGAUUGAACACGAAUAAAAAGUUGAAUAAGAAGAUUAAAAAAUAGAAUAAACCGAUAAAAAUAUACCAGAAUUAGAGUUAAAAUUAAAUGAUUAAGAUUUGGAAGGCUUAUUAAAAGAUUUAGAAAAUGUACAAUUUGAUGGCGAAAUUGAUUUCACUAAAUAAAAUAUUGGUGAUCAAGUAUUAUAUUCACCUAAUCAUAUCUAUUAGACUCUGAUUAGACUAUCAGUAUUGAUCUAAAAACUUCCAAUUUCAUCUCUCAUUCUAGCAGAUACCAAAAUUUCAUACAUUGGAGGUCUAGAAUUAGGCAAAGCUAUUCCUAGUAGCAAAUUAAAGAAGUUGAUAUUAACCAAUUGUAAUCUAGGUCAUAGUUCCAAGUAAGUAUAUGACUAUUUCUAUCAGUAUUUUAAUGGAACAAUCGCAAUACUUAGAAGAAGUAGAUUUUGGAGUCCUUGGAAAUAAAGCACUUCGCUAUUUAUCUUAAUAAAAACAUGAAUUAUCGCAUUUAGGAUUUUAAGAAGAUCCAAAGGAAGUUUGGGAUGUUUAAACCAAAGAACUAUUCUUGAGAUCAAUACCUAAAUCAUUAUUAAGUAUUCAAUUUUAAAUAGAUAAUGCUGAUCACAAGAAGUAUAAUUGUUAUAUAAUAAAGAUUUGUAGGAAUUGCAGAAAUUAAAUGUUAAGAAAAUAGAGAUGCGUAUUUAAGAAAAUAGGCUAAUGAAUAUAAGAGUAAAGAUCUAGAUCCCGAUCAUCCAGAUUAUUAUGACUGGUAAAAAAUGAUAAAUAAAUUAAGCGAUGAUUUUAAAGUCAAUGCAUUUAAAUUUAGUGUCAAAUCCUAUUUAUCCAAUGUUUUUGAAUCAUUACUAGAUGAGUCUUUGUAUUAUUUGGAAAAAGAAAGGCAAAAUGUGCUCAGAGAUGAUGCCAUCUAUCAUGUAACAAAUGAGUUGUUACCACAAUCCAUAAUGGAAGAUAUUUGCCAAGCAGAUGGCUCUUUGAUUGUGUUAGCUAAAUAUCUUUUGACCAAAAUUAAAAAAUGA